CUCCACCAUCACACUCGCUCAGUCCACUGUAUAGUGAACGGACGUCGGCAGUGUGUUGCGGUGCGUGAUUGUGGAAUGGUGCCAGUCUGGUCAAGUGGUUUUAGUGACUGACGGGGUGGCCAUGAUGGUGCGUUAGUAAGAAAGUAUUGUGUUGGCCUUAUACCCUAGAUCAGUGGUGGUCGUGAGGCUGGCUGCUGCCCAGGCCAGGUAUUGAUCUCGUGUUUGUUAAGUUUGUUUACAUCUGGACUCUAUGCUAAGAUGUGGCCUAAUAGAAGUGCCCAGGGUCAGGGCGGCGUAGAGAAGGCGUCAGCCGGUGUGGCUAGCCAUCAGGAGGGCGCUAGGCCCAAGAUCCUCAACUCCCCUACUGCUGACAACAAGUCCGGUGUCGUGUACGACUCUCACAACGACUCUGGCUUCCUCUCGGGGUCUAACCUUGUUUCGUCGUCGAGUCUGAGCUGUGACGACACCUCGUGCAGUAUGCGCUCAGAGAACCUCCUGUCAGGGGAGGUGUCCCUAACCCACCCCAGCCUCUCUGAUCCCAAGAACGUCUCCCAGGUCAGACAAGACUCAGGCAUCGAUAUCUCAGAUCAGCUGAGUUCGCUCCACCUGGCCUCGCCUACCACGUCGUCCUCGAGCGCGGCCUCGGAGGCGUGUGAGGCCGAGACCUCUCCGACACGAAAACCUGCGACCCCUCCCCCGCGGAGGUCACGACUCAGCCUCAGCGAAGCUCAAGUUGGUCUUCUACAGGAGAUCUUCCAGACAGAUGAAGAUGGCGACACUCAGCUGCACGUGGCGGUAAUGCAAGGCUUCAUCGAGGUGGUAUAUCACAUCACGCGGCUCCUCCCCCACCAGGCCUUCCUCGACCUGGCCAACCACUCCGGCAGGACGGCGUUGCACUUGGCGGUAGCGACGGGGGAUGCGGGAGUAGUGCGUCACCUGGUAGUGUGCGGGGCGUCGCCAGUGUCUCGGGACAGGCGAGGCAACACUCCUCUCCACCUGGCCUGUGCCCAAGGCGACAUCCUUAUGGCCACGCAGCUCACACGACCCGUCACUGUCGCCGAGGUCAUCAAUGCCAGGCUCUCCUACGCCCCCGCACACACCGCUGGUCUCCUGGCUGCAGACUUAGCUAACUACGACGGUCAGACAUGUAUACACGUAGCGGCCCUGGGCGGACACAAGGAGAUUCUUCAACAUCUUACUUGGUACGGCGCCGAUAUCAACGCCAGAGAAGGCAAGAGUGGACGGACGGCGCUGCAUUACGCUGUAGAGGCCAGAGAUGCCAGCCUUGUCGCCUUCCUCACUGAGUCUUGCGGAGUCUCCUUCACACUAGAGACCUACGCCGGCUUCACGCCCUACCAGCUGGCCCUAGCAAACGGUGCCACGGGACUAGCCAAACUGCUUCUGGAGUUAGGCGCUCCUAGUGACCCUCUGCCUCUCUACCUCAUGGCUGACGAUGACCUCGAAUAUGAUGAGGUCAGUGGUGCAGCAGAGAGCACCAAUGGAUGGGGUGCCUUGGAUGACCUCAGGAUUGGUGGGGUGCCCGUGCCUAUUGGCAUGCCUGUCUCUGUCAAUGACAAUGAUCCCCUCAAUGCUGACAAUUUCUUCUAAACACUUACCUGGGACCUGAGAAUGACUGCAAAAACUUUGGAGUUGACAUGAUCAAAGAUGCCAGUGAUAGGCAUUGCUUUUGAUGUCAUGUUGACCUUGUGUAGCUUUUUCCAAGAGGAGGGAAAAGGACCAUGAAACGAUACCUCUGCUCCUCUAGCGCUGCAGUUAGCUGCAAGGGACAGUGCCAGCGAAUGACAGUGUGGGGCUCGGUGCAGGAAAAGAUGGUGCCUUGGAUUUUACCUGCUUAUGUAUUUCAGUUCGGAGAAGCUUACAACCGAGCUCCCAUGGUUAUUUCAGACCCUGUGCACUGUACAGUGCUUUGUGCUCAGAAUCCACGAGGCUUAAUCUAUUGAGAGACAGGAGACUCGGUGAGAUUUAUAUUAACAAAAGUGGAGUGAGAAGUUGUACUGAAGACUAAUUUUUGACAUUUUUGGCUAUCUUGAAAGAUUUUCACAAGACGUUACAAAAUGUUGAUAUGGAAUAUUGUAUCCUUGCUGUAACAAAAAAUUAGUGCGUGUUUCAAGUAUACUUCUCUCUCAUAAAGUGUGUGUACGAUUGUCUUAUCUGUGAUCUCAAAUAAUGGGGUUAGCUUGGAGCUGAAACAGUGGGAGGAGAGGAAAACUUUGUUUAAGGGCAAAUUAGGAAGCCUGCAGUACCUCAUUGUACUGCAUACUGUAUUCAUGUUUCAAAAAAAUUGGCAGAUUUAAUUCUUUGAUUCAAUUUGAAUUGAGUGGUCCAACAUGACUGCUCAGGAACAGUGAUUUAGGCAGUGCCCUUUGAAGCUUCAUACACUUUUUUUGUGACUGAAGUCCUGGCCAGCUACAUACGUACUUGCUGUAGGUAUAAAACCGUUUGAUUUUCUAUGUGCUCUAUGAAGAUCUCUGUACAGUACCAGGUAGAGUCACAGUUAAAAAGUUCUAUAAACUAAUAUGAUGUGGGGAACUUUAAAGUGGAAUAUGAGGGUCCAUUAGUUAUGAAAAAUUAUUGAGGUAAAAAUAUAUCUCAUACUGUUAAACAAAUUUGAAAUAAUUUUACAUUAUCACCUUUAAAAUAAUUUGUUUUCAUGGUUCAUCUGUUAUAUUAAUGCUAAUUAGAUAUGAAAAAGAAAUAUUCUUUUGUAUAGAAAAAUUAUAUCAUUUUAAGGAAACUGGAUUUUAAAUACACUAUUGUACAAGUACUGUACACAGUAGCUACAGUAUUCAGACUGAUCAUGCUCAGAAAAAAUGGUAAGAAUCAUUUGUAUGUUGGUAUUUUUUUGUAAACUACAAUGUAUCUCUGCCUAGCACAGGACUAAUGACAUCUAGUGUUCAAAAAUAUUAGUGGCAUUAACUACAGAGUGUACCAAUUUUUUAUGUAUAUAUCAUUAUUUCAUCUCAAUAAUGCUGUCAUAUUAGAAACUGGUUGGUUGUAGAUUUAGAGUGCACUGCCUAUAUACUUCCGGAUAUUGACCUGUUGUACGUCAAGAUUAUCAAUACUAGAUGGUUAGUGCAGAGUGUCUCUUGGCACAUGUGUAACAAUCAACACUUAAGUCUUUACAUGCUUGAAGAAUUCUUGGCAUGGAUCUAGAUUGCCUGGGUUAGCCUAGUAUAACAAAAUGUUGCUAGGGCAAAAGAGUUGGCACAACAUAGUUUAAUAGUUCUAUUUUUGCCAUCAGAGUGAAUAUAUAUGGUUAUAAGAUAUUGCCACAAGACUAUGGCAUUUACAUCCUCAUAUCCCUACAGCUUAAACUUUUCUUGGUGCCCAGCUCAACACAGAUUAAGGCUUUGAUUCUAUACUUGCAUCUCCAUUUUUAUAAUAUAAGCUGGAUUUCCAUAUCAGUUUUGUAACAAAUACAGUACUGUUGUGGCUCUCCGUUAUGUGCGCCCAGAGCUGUGGUCACUUCCAUCUGAAUGUUUCCUAUGUUCGUUUGUGUUAUUCUUCAUGAUGAAACCAGUUGUUGUUACAUUAUUGAUGAGUAAAAGCUCCUGCAACUAGUGGUACCUAUGAUUAAUACACUGGGUAUUAAUAAUAUAGAAUUGCUGCUAGUACAGUUGUGUGAAGCCAAGAUAGUAGUCCCAAGUAUUGGUUGCUAUUGUACAAUGAUCGUUACAAGUACCGUACUGUAAUUGAAAGCAAGAUGGUUGUUGUAAAUACAGAGAACCAUCUGACAGAUAUUGUGUGUAUCUUAGUACAACUUGAAGGUUGCAUCAGUUAUACUCUUUAUUCCUUUCUUAUCUUCUUACAUUGUUCUGUAAAUAUUCUGCUGUAUAUAUUGUACAAUUGUCAUCUUAAUUUUUGUCAGUGUAAUAAAAUUUAUUUAUUUACAAAUAUUUUCAUUGAUAAUUUUACCCCACAAUUACAGUAAGAAAUAAGAUGAUUUGUAAAUACUGUCCUUUGUUAUAUACUGCACUGUACUAUGUAAAAUAUUUUGUUAUUUUACAGUUUGUUUUGGAUUAUCACACAGUCACUAACAGCUCACUGCAAUACACUACAUCUAAAAUAAAAAGCAAAACCUGA